CAUUUCCUCUUGCCUUGUUAUUGAAGUGUAAAUUAAAUGACCAAAAAAACCAGAGCCACUGACAAUGUGUUCCGAUGAGACCGUGCCGGUCUAGCAGUCCGUCCAUGCACAUGACCACUCUGGAUUCCUCCUCCUCCGCUGCCGAAUCGAGCAUGGACGACGCUUCCAAUCACCGCCGUCACAACCACCAAACCCUAAACAAAUCCAAACGCAAACCCGUCGACCAUGAAGAAGAAGAAGAAGGCGAGGCGUGGCAAACCUUCAACACCAGCUUCAACCAGGUUCAGUCGGUGCUCGAUCGCAACCGAGCUCUGAUCCAGCAAGUCAACGAGAACCACCAGUCUAGGCUCCCCAAUAACAUGGUGAAGAACGUGGCUCUUAUUCAGGAGAUCAACGGCAACAUCUCUAAGGUCGUUUCGCUCUACUCUGACCUCUCUACCAAUUUCUCUACCAUCUUCCAUGAUCAGCAGCGCUCUGAGAACGGCAAGCCUGAAACUCCUCCUCCUCAGCGUUGAUUGAUUUACAUUCAAUUACUGUUUUUAUUUAUUAAAUCAUCACUAAUUUCCAAGCAUUUUCUCGUAUCUAUAUAAAAUCAAUUUAUGAAAUCAGAGUCUUAGGUCGGUGUUUCAAAUAAAGUGUUCGGUUUUAGUCGGAGACUCUGUGUUUUUUGUGUGGGGUUUUGUAAUUGAAUCUGCUUAUGUGUGUGUUUGUUUCGCUUUUGUGUUUUAUAAAGGAGGGUGAACUGCAACACUCCUCAACUCCGUUGACGUAAUAAGUUAAACAAGAAGAUGAGGAUUGAAGCAUUUAUUGGUUUGUUACUCCGAUUUUAUGCUGAAUUUUUGGACUUUCUUUCUUCCCCCCCCCCCCCCCCCCCCCCCCCCACCACAAAAAAAAAAAAAAAAAAAAACAUGGUUUUGAAAAUAUGGUUUGGAUUUUGAGUUUCAAUCGGUUGGAGAGAAAAGGAUUAAUGUUGGGAGCGCAUAGAUGGAGAUGUGGGCAAAGUAAUGGAGUCAAAUAAUGCUUCAUGUAGUUUAGAGAUUUAUUUUCAGAAAUUUGAAUAUUAAAGACCCAGAAAGUGCCCACAUAAGCCACAAGUGAGUUUGAGAGGAGGAGACUGUGUAGCUAUGUGAACCAGUGUUAGGUGGCUAUAUAUUGAUUUUGAUAUUGCUAGUCUUAAAAAGUGAUUUGUUACUCGGGUGUUGUUGUAUCCCAGAUGGGAAUUAUUGUAGGCGUUAAAAUUUAAUGCCGAAAUGACUCUAUUUCAAUAUAUUAUCUUCUCUUUUUGGGAUC